UCGGGGAUGCGAUGCGAGCGCUGCUGGAAACAGCCUUACCACCGGUGACGAGCAGCCCAUGAGGUCCACCUGGUCACCGGGAAUUGCCUAGGGUUUCCUCCCUUUAUAAUCCAUCCCUUCGCCGCCUCCGCCGCCUCCCACUCAGCCUCUACCGCUGCCGCCGCUUCCUAGGAAUCAGAUCUACGAGUAAUCCAGGAAAAAUUGGGUCUUUGUGCGCUGGUUGUUAACUGAGAACAAGAAGGGCGACGAGCAAGGAACGAGGAUGCCAAAGCGGCGGUGCGAUGAACGUUACGGCAGCUGUACGGAAGAGCCUCGGCAGCAGCAGCACCUUUACCUUGUCCUUGAUGACUGGAGAUAUGGAUACACCAUCCGCAAGGUAGAGUUGCCGCUCCACUCAGGAGAAGACGCUGAGCAGAGCUUGCCUCGUCCUUUCUUUCGCUUCGUGGCGAAGCAUGAGUUGCCCCACUUCUUCACGUCCGCCUUCGGCACCAGGAUCAUUGCGAUGCAUACCAUGGAUUCCACCGGCGCCGUCCCGGUCAUUGAUAUCAGCACGCGGAGCGUCAUCUUUGGCCCUCAGUACAACUACCCGGUUAAACCCAUCUACUUCCCCAUCGGCAACAAGCUCUUUGCUUUGGACUCCGGGACCUUCGAGUUCUGCCGCUGCCCGCGUGGCGAUGGCUUGCCACUGGGACAACCUCAUGCUGAAAGUGGUGGCAUGUUCUUUGAUGGUGACGACGAGUGGUCAUGGGUUCAGAUUCGGAUGCCAUUCCAUAGGCGGCACGUCACCUCCUAUGCUGUGCACUCUGAUGGACAGACAAUCCUCAUCAGCACCAAGAGCGAUGCUGCCGCGGCCACAUUUACCUUUGACACGGUGAAGCGUGAGUGGAAAUGUCUUGGCGAUUGGGCACUACCAUUCACCGGCCGCGGGCACUACGACGGCAAGCUGGAAGCCUUGGUGGGGCUUUCUGAAGACCCGAAGACCCUUGGGUGGCUCUACUCCUGCAAGCUGCCCGGAGCCAACAGUGGCAGCAGACAGUGCCCUGCCCCUGCUUGGAAGCUCAACAAGGAGAGGGUGUUCAGCACGAACCCAGCUGAAAGGCAUGUAGGUGCUACCCUCGUCUACAUGGGACGCAGAGCCAGGUUCUGCCUUGUGGAGUGCGUCUGUCUUGAGGUCAAGGCAGAAGACAACUCUGGGGAGGCCAGCUCUGAUCAGGUGCUGCUUAAGGGAGACAACUCUGGGGAGGGCAACUCUGAUCAGGUGCUGCUCAAGAAGUCGGGAGGUGGGCCUGAACGCAGUCGCUAUAUGUAUCGUCUGAUGACCUUCGUCCUCAAGUAUGACAAGAUGGAAGAUUUGAGGGUUAAAUGCUGUCGGGUUCGUUACUACAAUGUGCCUAAGAAAGCAUCACCUGAGUUUGGUGAGAAUCCUGCGGCAUUUUGGCUGUAGAAUGCUAAAAUCAUGUCAUGGGGUGGGUUCCUAUGUUUUCACUCAGCUGUGACUGUUGCUUUUCUAUGUUUUAAUUUAGUGUUAUUAUCAAACUGUUAUUAUGUGGACCCCUUGCUAUGUUUUAAUGUGUAAUAUCAACUGGUGAUUCUGUGUGUGUUGGUUUUCUGUGUUUUAAUUUAGUUUGAUGUGUAAUCUCAACUGUGAUUCUGUGAA